AUGAAGAAAUUAUCUCUGCCAAUGCAUGUAUCUCACACUCAAGGGGAUACCAUUGAAUGUAUUGAUGUGGUUGAUGAAUUUACUCACAGAUCUUCAUUGCCUCGACACUUGCCAGUUCAAAUGAGAAAGAAACCUCCUGUCAGCAAACGCUGUGGAAAAUCACUUCAUGAUCAGUCAUCCCUUAAUCAAAUUCACACUAGCGAUGUGUCAUGUGAAUGUAAUCUAUGUGGGAAAGCCUUUAGUAAUUUCUUUAGCCUUAGACGACACAAGAUGUUUCACAGUGGAGAGAAACCAUAUAAAUGUCAUCUAUGUGGGAAUGGCUUUUUGCAAAAUUCUGACCUUAGAAACCACAUUCGAAUCCACACUGGAGAGAAACCAUAUAAAUGUCAUCUGUGUGGGAAAGUCUUCAGUCAAAGUUCAUACCGUAGACAACAUGAGAAAACUCACACAGGAGAGAAGCCAUAUGAAUGUCAUGUAUGUGAGAAAGCUUUCAGUCAAAGUUCUUACCUUAGGAAACAUGAGAGAAUUCAUCCUGGAGAGAAAAGUUAUGAAUGCCAUCAGUGUGGGAAAGUCUUUAGACAAAGCUCUGGCCUUAGCCAGCACAAGAGAAUCCACACAGGAGAGAAACCACAUAUACGUCUUCUAUGUGGGAAGGACUUCUGUCAAAGUUCUGAACUUAGACGGCAUAACAGAACACACUCAGGAGAAAAACCAUAUGACUGUCAUCAGUGUGGGAAUGCCUUCAGUCAAUAUUCUAAUCUUAGGCGACAUGAGAGAACCCACACUGGAGAGCAACCAUAUGAAUGCCAGCUAUGUGGGAAAUUCUUCAGUCAUCGUUCUUCCCUUAGACGACACGAAAGGACACAUACUGGAGAAAAACCCUAUAAAUGUAACGAAUGUGGGAAAUGCUUCAGCCAAAACGCUAACUUAUAUUCACACCAAAGGAGUCAGAUGGGAGAGAAACCUUAUAAAUGUAAUGAGUGUGCGAAAGAAUUCCAUCGAAGCACUCAGCUUCACGUACACCGAAGAACUCAUACUGGAGAGAAACCUUAUAAGUGUAGUGAAUGUGGGAAACACUUCAGCCAAAGCACUAGCUUACGUUCACACCAAAGAACUCACACAGGAGAGAAACCCUAUAAAUGUAAUGAGUGUGGGAAAUAAUUCCAUCGGAGCACUCAGCUUUGUAUACACCAAAGAACCCACACUGGCGAGAAGCCCUAUAAAUGUAAUGAAUGUGGGAAACACUUCAGCCAAACUGCUAACUUACUUUCACACAAAAGAAGUCAUGUGGGAGAGAAAUCCUAUGUCUGUAAUAAAUGUGGAAGAGGUUUCUGUCAUCCUUCAUCCUUUAGUCAACAUAAGAGAAUUCACACUGGAGAGAAACCAUAGGAAUCCUUUGGUCAAAGCUCUGGCCUUAGGAGUUCACACUAGAGGGGAA